AUGGAAACUCCCCAAAAUCUGACUGCAUUGGGAGCUGAAAACAGAGAAGAGCUACAUGGAGCUACCACUUCCACAUUGGAGACUUCCAAUCCUGCAAGCACAUGCAACAACAUGAAUGAUUUCAAGAUGUUUGAAUUCAACUCUGCUGAUGAAGUCAGACAAGCCAUGAAGGCAAUGCUGUCUGGAAGCAAACCUCAAAAUUCAGGUGAUGAAAUAAAACCACAAACGGUCAAAGCUGACGCGAUCGUCAAGAGUCCCGCCAGAAGUCGGGUCAACUCCAAUCAUGAGCUGAAAAAGAUUACUGGUCACGUUUUCAAAAUAGUUACCGCUAAAGAAGAAGGAGCAUUUUCUAGUAACAUCAGAAAGAAAAGACCUGGCCGUCCUCCUAACGCUGGGCCUUCUAAAAAGAUCAAGAGGACUAGUGUCACUAAUAUGUUUAAAGGCAGAUUGACAAAUGUGGUCCCGUUCAAGCAUUGCGCUUCUGAGAGCGAAUCUGACGACUAUUUUUACUGA